AUGCUGCCUGGAUUAGCUAAACCAUCUGAACCUAUAGACCUGGAAUACUUCUUGAACAAAAGCCAGCUUGUGAAAAAUAAGGAAAAAUGUCCACCUGAUAUAUUUUUCAGUUUGGGAACGAAUCCGAUAACUGAUGGUUCGGCCUAUCUUGAGGUUAAUGACAUCAAAGUUUCUUGCAAUGUCACUGGUCCUACUGAGAUGCGUCAGGAUAGUCAGUUGGUCGCUGCUUUGAAAUUUGCCCCAUUUGUAUGCUGGUUGCCUAAGGAUAGCAUUGUGUCCUUAGAAAAAAAGCUGAGUCGUUUAUUUCUGAGUGCUAUUGAGCCUGCUGUUAUGUUGCAUCAGUUUCCGAGAGGCAAAUAUGAAAUUGUGGCAAAUAUUCUGGAUGUGUGUCCACAUAACUCUACUGGGUUAAUUGGAGACUGUUUGGCUGCUGCCGUCACAUGUGCGGGAUUAGCUUUGCUUAACUCUGGUGUUCAAAUGUAUGAUCUUUUAGUCGGAUUAAAUUUGGACCUGUCCAAUCUUGAGAAUAAAAGUGGUCAUAUUUGUGUUGCCGUUUUACCUCGUCUCCGUCAAUUUUCUAUGUUGUAUACAGUGGAUUCACAUAUGCCUCACACAGAGUUUCUUCAGAAAUCUCUAGUAUAUGCUAUGGACAAAUGUGUUAAGCUUGCAGAUGUAAUUCGAAAUAAUCUUUGUGGGCAGACUAGAGUCCAACAAAUGAGUGAAUAAAUUUGUAUGUAAAGUGUUCGUGUCUUUUUUAUUUUGAAUUCCUCGGUUUGAUACAUGUACACAUGAGAUUUCGAUGAAGUACUUUGGUUUUUGAAUAGGUUGUGUAGUGAGUAAAUUUCUUAUGCGAUUGAUUGGGAAGUCUGUGAUAUUUCUAACAAAGUUGCAAGCAUGUUUCUUCGUAUGUAUAGAAUAUCACUUAGCUGCAUUGUUGAGUACCCCACAUGGAAAUUUUUCGACAUCUUCGAGAUACGAUUUCUCAGGCAAGCUGUCCGAGUAUUAAGUCUUAGAAGUACUCAUAGAAAUGCUAUUCAUGAAGGGGUGGUUCAGUGUAUCAUACAUGGGUAGUUCGGUAUUACAUUAAUUAGAAAUUGUAUGCAUUACUUUUCCAUCCAACUGCCAGAAUGACUACGAUUCUGCCAAUCAGCCUAAACAGUCAAUCUUUUCUAAAAGCAAAACUGCAAAGUUGUUUCCCUUGAACACAUAAUUUUAACAGAUAAGAGAGGAAAAUACCUAACGACAGAAGAUAAGGGCCAAGCAACAGAUCGUGCAUUAAGGAAAUCAACACAUAUCUAUUGAUUUUCAUGUACGUAUUAUAGAUUAUUGUUAGCAGAAGAACACGCUCUUCCGAUUGGUUGUUUCUCACAGAAAGUUAACAUUGCAUCUCUUUGUGGCUGUUUCUUGAAUGUCAGAUCAUCUAUAUGCUAACCGUAUCCGCCCACGCAAAGCCUUUCUUCUCAUUUUUCUCACGACCAAUAUUGGGGACAUAAACAUUGACGUAAAUUACUGUCCACCAAUUUUGACUAACAGCCAACUCUCACUACAAACUUACCGACAUAUCAUAGGCUCUUUAAUAAUCUUAUAUUCUGAGUCGAAAUAUUUUGCAGAAACAAUUCAAUUCGUUGGAUGAAAUGCAUUUGUUUUUCUAUUUUUUUGACGCACAUAGAUUAUUUCUAAAAUGACUAUGUAGAUUUUAUUGACUUACACUUCUUUAUAACACUCACUUAUGAGGAUUAAUGACUACAAAGAGUAUCUCAGGUAAUACUAUACUACUACAGAAUUCUUAAGAAUUCACCAUUAUAUUAUCCUAUAGACAAAACACCAUGAUUGGUUUAUAUUUGAAUUUUUAUUUGUAAACUUAUAUAUAUUAGAGUUAAGCCUGAUGAGAUCUGAUUGAAAACAAUAUUGUUCGCUUAAAUGUGUUGUUCCAAAUUCUUAAGAUGUCGAAUAGUGAAAUUGUUUUUGACUGGAGUAAACAUCUUGAGUCAGGUCACUAAUACCCUUGUGAUUUAUCCUUUAAAGUUAUCUAAUUCAAACACUACUGUUGGUGGUUCAUUGGUAGGAUGCUCGUUAGCCAUACAAGAGGUUCGGGCUCGAUUCCUGAUCGACGCACUCUUAAACUUUGUCCAGUUUAUUUGCUGUUAGUAGGCCGGGAAGAGGGGGGGGGGCUGGAUGUAAUGCUAGCAAUCCCACCACGUAAAACAGCAAUGCUGCGUAAAGUUCAAGCUUAAAGCCACAUGUUCUACCUGAAAUGCUAAGGAAUGAAAUAACUUCAGCCACUCUAAAAGUGUACUUUUUCAUAAAUUUAUAUAUUUAUACGUAUAGUAAAAGUGCUGCCUAUGCAUGAAGUUAGACCUGAACAAUGUGUUCAUAUACACUUUGUCAAACCCGUUUAUAGUAAUCUUAAUGUUUUUGAAUGAAGCAAGAACAGGAGUUUUUGCAGAAUAAAGUGGUACUAACAUUUAUUUCGUUGCCUUUUCAUCAGCUGCUUACGGGCUAAAGUCACUGUUAGAUAAAUCUACAGAAACAUACUUGCACAGAUUUCAUUUUAAACAAAAAUCAAUCAAUAUAUGCACACAUUAAUUAUAUAUAUAAUAUUAAACACUAUUCCAAACAAUAAUGAUUAUAUACAAACUUUCGGCAUUCACAUGAAAGAGAGAUGAAAAUAUCCAGUUAGCAGGGUAAAGAAAGACUGACAACUGUUUCUUUCUGAACGCACAAAUCGAUGGAGGUGGCUCCAGCAAACUUGGGGAGAAUUGAGCUCUUUUGCCUAUUGAUAAUUUUGAACGAAUUUGUGACGUCCACCUCAUGACCCGUGUCAAGGAGAUGCUUGGCGAUUGCACUGUUUAAAGCAUUUGUUCCCUAUAGACAUAAGCUUUUUGGUACAUGUUCAGAAAAUCGUAGAUAUGCCCUUCUUUCUGUUCUUGCAAUGUAACUGCUUCCGCACAUACACGUAAAUUUGUAUAUACAGUUGGAGUUAACAUGAGAAGGAUAUCCAUCGAUUUUUGAUUGUACCAAAUAGCAAGUUGUUUGAUAGACGGGGAUGAGCUUAGCUGCAGGAUAGGCUCUGGCUAGUGACGUACUCAGUCUUCUGUUGACCAUUGCUGCAAUGUUUUCACCUUUAUAAUCAAGUUCACCUCAAAGGUUCACUAACGAGUAUGGAAGAUCUGAAGUCUUAAACGUAAAACAAAUCACAGUGCAGAAAAAGCCAAUAUGCAUUCAAAUUGAUUAUAAAAGUGAAAGCAUUGCAGCAAUGGUCAACAGAAGACUGAGUACUUAUGGAAUUUUCAGCAUGUGAUA